AUGAGAAAUGACAAGAAAAUAAGGACUGUGGCUAAUGACAGUAAGGCAAAAAGAAAAUGGUUCAAAUGUGUUUUGUGUGAUAAACAAUUCGAACUUGCAAACACUCUGAAACGCCAUAUGACGAUACAUACGGGCGAAAAAAAUUAUAUAUGUAAGGUAUGCAACAAAACAUUUAAUCAGCUUUCAAACAUGAGGACACACGAAUUGACGCACGAAGACGUUCGACCAUUCAAAUGUAAAGAGUGUGGUAAGAAUUUCACUCGGAACAAUAGCUUGAAAAAACAUGUGGAAAUGCAUAAAAGUUCGUGCGAAAAGAUGUAUUUUACCUCGGGCGAUCUGAAUCGAAACAAAUCGACGCAGGAGGAACUACGACUAUUUAAAUGUGAAAUGUGCUGUAAAACUUUCAUAAGGCAUCAGCCUCUGAAAUACCAUAUGAAGACACAUAUGGACGAUAAGGCAGGAAAAUGCAACUUAUGCGGUAAAACAUUCAAUUGUUGUUCGGCUCUUCAGAGACACAAAUUGGCCCACGAAAACGUGCGAUUCGAAUGUAAACAAUGUGGUAGGAAUUACACUCGAAAGUAUAAUUUGAAUGCACACAUGAAAAAGCAUAAAAAUUCGAGUGAAAAGCUGUAUUCGACAGUGAGCUCCUUAAUGAAAUCGAUAUCAGACAUCAUUGACACAGAAAUAUUAAUAAGGGGAAUUAUUGCAUUCAAAGGUAUAUAA